UGGCAAUGAAUUAUCCCUCUCAUUUCCCGAACUCGAAGUUGUCCCUAUGGUUGCAGACAUUACCUCUAAAGAGGAUGUACGGCGCAUUUUCGACUCUUGCACCAAUUAUGCCCCCGACAUUCUGAUCAAUAAUGCGGGCUAUCUAUCCACGCCGGAAGAGUUCCUCGAUGCCGAUUUGGACGAUGACUGGAACUCUUUUAUGGUCAAUGUUUACGGAACCAUGCUCUUCACGCAAGCCUUUCUGCGCCAUCGCAAGGCCUAUGUUGAAGCAGCUGAAAAGGCAGGGAAGACGUCCUCGCCCGCAGUUAUCGUCAACGUGAACAGUAUAGCCGCCUUUUUCAGCAUGCCGAAAUUCUCCUCCUAUUGCUCCAACAAGCUCGCUCUGGCCCGUUGGACAGAAUCACUCUCUCUCGAGAUUCCUGAGAAGUUCGCCCGUUUCGUCUCUGUUCAUCCAGGCGCUGUGGACUCCAGCAUGGGCAUCAAAUCUGGCGUGAUUGAUCAGAUCAAAGCUGGGACUGUCCAGCUUAACUUGACAAACCCCAAGUUAACCGGUGACUUUAUCGUCUGGUUAACAAGUAAAGAGGCAGAAUUUCUGAAUGGGCGUUUCGUAACUGUCAAUACCGAUGUCGAUUUUCUGCUCUCGAAGAAAAAGGAGAUCGUUGAGAAGGGGUUAUAUUUGAUAAACCUUUCACAAUGAAAGGUUUCCGAGCUAUUUAGGAAACUUCGUGCAUCU